ACAACAAACUGAGUGUGCAACCAGGGUUCUGUGGGGAGUGGAGUCUGGACUGGAGGUGGUGGGGAGCGGGGAGAAUCUGUGUCAAGAAAUGUUUCUGUUGCCUUGCCUGGGGGUUGUGUCCUACUCCGCUUCGGGAAAGGUGACGUUACCUGCUUACCUUUGGGGGGGGAAUAAAAAUGGCACACAGCCUUAGUCCCCAGCCAACCUCUUCUCCCUCCCCUUCCCUCCCCAUCCUCUCUUAAUAAUCCAUUACUAGUUAGUUAAUAGAUCAAUCCACUGCUGAAUCCUUAUAAUGGGAUUUCUGGUUUUAUGGCCAGGAAGUACAUAUUAGCAGGGAGAAAAUACCCCUGUAAACACUUGUUGAAAGGAGCACUUGCCAAUUCUAUGUGGAGACCUUGAUACUCCGCUGCCUCACGGAUAGAGCUCUUGGCUCCCUGGAAUGUACUGGCUGCCCUAGCUUAAGCUGGAGGUCAAAGUCUGAGGCCAAAGACUCUUUUCCGCCAUGUUUGCCUGUGAGACUUGGGGCCUUGGUGGCCAGACCUCUGUCUAUAACUGGGAUAAGGCCGUCUACCUCUUGGAGGACAAAAUGGAACCUGAACAGGCAGCAGGAGAGCUGGAUCUCCAUUUUAAGGUAUUGCUGGAGCAGGAGCAAGAGCAGGAGGAGAUGUAUCCAGAAAUCACAAUUGAGGAGGAGGAUGGGGAGCAAGAAGAAUCAGAGGAGGAAGUAGUGGUAGAUGGAGAAGAAGAGGAGGAGGAAGAAGAGGAGGAAGAGGAGGAAGAAGACGAUGAGGGAGAAGUAGAGGAUGAUGAUGACGAUGAUGAGGAAGAAGAGAGGCCCUCAAGGCCUAUACAGGAGCCAGUCGGAUCAGAGGAAGGAGAUGACUCCCUGCUUGUGGUAUGCACUGGAACUGUUGAGGAGCUCCUGGGGCUGGAGUUGCCACCUGUAGCUGAGCCCGAGCAACUGGAAGAAGCCCCACAACCCCAGCGCUGGGAAGUCCAAUGGGAAGAGGUGUCGCAGGCAGCCGCAGCUCCGCCCAUUGAAAUAGCCCCGCCGCCACCAGAGGAUCCUUCCGUGCCUGAGGUGGAGCCAGUAGACGUAGAACCAGAGGCCUUCCCUCCAGCUUUGGAGAAAGUGCCAGCUACCACCACCUCCCCAUGGGGAACACCAUUUGUUGAGGAGGGCCACCAGCGAAUCCACACCAGCACUCCUGGCACGGACAGAGGGAGCGGUGUCAAGUCGCGGACAUCUGUGUCGGGAGGGGGCGGCUUCACCCUGGAGACUGCCCGCCGGCGCUUCCGGCAGUUCUGCUACCAGGAGGCGGAGGGGCCGCGGAAGGCUUGCGGUGAGCUCUGGGAGCUUUGCAACCACUGGCUGAAGCCGAAGAACCGCACCAAAGAGCAAAUCCUGGACGUGUUGAUCUUGGAGCAAUUCCUGGCUGUUCUCCCUCCUGGGAUUCGGAGCCGGGUGUGGGAAUGCAGCCCUGAGACUUGUGCGCGGGCAGUGGCCCUGGCGGAGGAGUUCCUAGCGAGGCAGCAAGAGGUGGAAAGACCAGAGGAAGAGGAUUCAGACUCAUUUGAGGAGGUGGUGGUGACCUUUCCCGAUGAUGACCAGGCCCUUUCAGACGCUGAGCAAAGGGGUGAUGUGGAUAUCUGUUUGCUGGGUUCUUCUGACACAGAGGCCACGUGGGAUUCUUCAGCAGAUGAAGGAGGUUCAGCAGGUGCCAGGACCCCGAGCAGAGCAGAUGCCCAAUUUGGAUUUGGAGAAAGGCUCAACGGAGCAAUGCAACACUUGAGCCCAAAGAGGAUCCGCGUGAAAGAGAAACGCCACUCCUGCAUGGAAUGCGGGAAGCGGUUCCGGUGCCAAGCGGAACUCACACUACACCAGAAAGUCCACACUAGGCCAAAAUCCUAUCACUGUGCUGAAUGCGGGAAACAGUUUGGCCGGUCUUCGCACCUCACCAGGCACCAGAAGACCCACAUGGGUGAGGAAUGCCAUCUUUGUACAGAAUGUGGCAAGGGGUUCCGAUGGCCAACAGAGCUCGCUAUCCACCAGAGGAUCCAUGCGGGAGAACAGCCACAGUACGUCAUGGACUCUGAGACAUUGUUCCAGUGGCCGUUGGAUCUCAACCUGCACCAGAAUAUUUUCACAGGUGAGAAAACCCCUCCGGCCAUCAACUGUACAAAACCUCCUACAGUCAAGAAGCCCCACCUUUGCCCAGAAUGUGGGAAAGGGUUCCGGUGGCCCUCAGAGCUUGCUACACACCAGAAGACCCACAACAAAAACAAACACUACCUCUGCGCCGAGUGUGGGAAAGGAUUCCAGUGGCCAUCAGAGCUUGCUGCACAUCAGAGAAUCCACACGGGUGACAACUUGCCCCUUGGUGCAGAUUGUGGCAAUAACAACAGCCAGCCCCCUCAUCUCACUACAUACCUAGGAGCGAACACAUCUGAGAAACGCCACCAUUGUGGAGAGUGCGGCAAGGCAUUCCGGUGGCCGUCUGAACUUGCAACACACCGGAGAAUCCACACAGGAGAGAAACGUUACUUCUGCACAGAGUGUGGGAAAGGGUUCAUCUGGCCCUCUGAGCUUGCUGCACACCAGAGAACACACACCGAAAAACAAUCCUACCAGUGCAUGGAGUGUGGAAAAAUAUUCCAUGAUCUCUAUGGGCUGACAAGGCACCAGAAAACCCACUUGGGAAGCAAGGUCUACCCCUGCGCGGAGUGCGGGAAAACGUUUAGCAGGCAAUCUCACCUGACUCGGCACCGGAUCACCCACACCGGGGAGAGACCAUACCCUUGUAUCGAGUGUGGGAAAAGGUUUGGGCGACAGUCUCACCUAACCCGACACCUGAGAAUCCACACCGGAGAGAGGCCGUAUCAAUGCGGGGAAUGUGGGGUGAGAUUCCGGCGGAGACACAGCAUGAUCUACCACCAGAGGAUCCACUUGAGAGAUUCUCCCGGAGAACCUGAUGCGCAAACCCUUGCUGACAUGGAAAACCUUCCAGACCAUCUCCAUGUCACAAUCUGAAACUUGACUUCUUUUUCUGAAUAUAAAAACGAACAUUGGGUGGGUGAGAGUGGGAAGUGACCAUCACAAAAUCUGGCAGAGUCCCCCUUGUGGUUCUCACUCUACUGAGCAGGCUCUAACUAUAUGGCUGCCCUUAGUGGUUGCACCGUGUGAUCUGAAGGGAAUGCCUCAGCAACCUUUGCAGUGUGACAGAUGAUGCUGGUGUGCCAGGAUUGGACCACACACAUGUUGCAAAGGAUUCUGGGACAGGGACUCAUACACACCUCUCUGAUCACACGUUGUUUCCUUGGUGCACAAAGCCCAUGGCUGCCCUGAGCAACUGCUGGGAUUUGCUUGUGCAGCUGAGUUCAUCCUGCUGACCUAACUCUAGAUUUUGCCCCUGUCUAGUAUUUAUAGGGUGAGAGAAGCACUUCAGAACCAAGAGGGAGUUUCUCUCCUGCUGCCCUCAGCAGCUAGAACACUGUCUGUUCCCUGGAACAUGUGAUGAAGAGGAGCCCAGAAGCCACGCUUCCUGCCUCUCCAGCUGUUUUCUUCUCCCAUUUUCUACUGUAUCACAGACUGGGUUGAAUCAGCAGAUCCACAGGAGAAGAGGGCCGCAGAGGGCGAUUUCCCAGCAUUCUGUGGGCCACAGGAUUGCUGGGUCCCCUGCAGUGCAGGGCGCCUUAGCUUUUAAAAUCAUCUUCUAGAAAGGAGAAUUCUAUCCAGUGUCGCUUGUUCCAUCAUAGUGCUGCCGUGGUGGGAAAAGCUUCCCUGCUCCCUUUGUUCUUCUCCCACACAAGAGCCCAGUUCUGGAUGAAAUCAAGCAACCUAUUUCUUCAAUAACAAACUCCCAUCUUCCUUCCCUCUCCCAUUCAAGUUCCAAUGUAUACACCUAAUUUUAAAAAAGAGGAUGAAGCAGGAGCAUUCAUCCUUGUCACCAAAAGGUAUUUUCACCCUUCAAUCAAGAACACUUUCUGUUAGGCACUUCUCCCCCCACCCCCUCUCUGUGCCUUGGGAAAUCAAGGGUUGUUUUUUCCUUCCUUUUUUUCCCUCCAAAGGGUUAGGGCUAUUUAUAAUGGUUUGUUGGCUCUUAUUAAUGGUUGUGGAACAGAAAAUCGGCAUACUUGUCCACCCACAAGGGGAGAGAUGUGUUGGGGGAGGAGAGGAAUAAAGGGGUUCUUCUCGAUCCUCCAGCGACAGGAUUUCCUAAAAAGAAAGUUAACCAUUGGUUUUGGUAUAUGACCAGGAAAGAGGGUGAUCUCAACCCAGUCUGUUGCCAAAUUGGGGAAGAGACUUUAACCUUGAAUUAUGGAUAACCCCAGGAGGGUUGGUGUUUGAGGGCAUAGCAGCACUAUGCUCCGUCCCAAGGUUCCCAUUUGUAUUCUCUCUCCGUUGAUCCUCAGUGAUGAGGAGAGAAAGGGGUAAUUUUUUCCUUGAGGGACUUUUAUCUGCAUUUCUUCCUUUUCCUGUUUGAAAUCAUAUUUGAGACAAUUGGAACCUCCUAAAGAAUCAAGCGUGAACUCGAUUUUUGGAAAUGACUUCCAAUAAAGAGCUUUCUACAAAAUA